GUGAAGUCGAAGUCGCAAGCGAAAAUUCUACUUUGUGUGUUGACACGCCACAGGCAAUAAAAAUAUAGAAAAAACGAAGACGAAUUAAAUACGAAUGUGUAUAAAAUCUAACUGUAGUUCGAUGCAUAAUUUUUAAGGACUUUUUCGCGUUGAAGCCUUGAUUCGGCGAAAUUUUUUAAGUUUUUCGUGUGACAUUUUUUUUGUUGCCUAUUUUUUUGAAGAAAACCCAUUGAACACCGUUCGUGCGCCGUGAAGUUGGUGUAUUCGCGCACACGAGGGAGUCAAAACUCUACCAGCCAGUUAGACCCUUGCUUACAUAGCUAAAUAAUUUUCGAUACCCAAGUUGCCGGAAUGACGUGAUUCUCAAGUAAUUUUCGCCGUCAAUCAGCCGGAAAAUAGUUUAACUAGCGCGACAAUUUAACGACCGAAAGAAGACACAUAUAAAGAAAACAAUACCACACAAGUAAAAAAUAUUUGAAUUUACACAACAAUUGCAAAUCAACACUCGAUACGUCUUUAGGUAACGCAUUGCAGAAGAAAAUUGCAGGAAAUUGCAAAAUUUGCAAAUCAAAAACUACUUUAAAGCUCUCUGAUAUAACAUACAGAUUGCCAUAUAUGUACAUACUUAUGUACACGUCAAGCCAGGCGAUCGAUGCCAAUCGUUUAUGAACUGAAGCGCUUGUGAAUCGAGUGCCAAUGAGUGAUUGAACAGAGGCACAGCGGCAGCCACCAACAGAGCGCGGUAAGUGCACAAAAUGUUGGCGAGACAAAUAGCGCCUUAGUUGCUAGAAACAGCCGACACACGCUAUUUAAAAUAAGCAAACAAAACAAACACAUAUGCACAUACACACUUAGACUACAAACAACAAAAAACACAAAGGAAAAUACAAUAAAUAAACGGAAUUGUGCAAAACACGCUCAAGGUGCACGAGUGGAGCGUUAAAGUGUCAAUUACAAACGGCAAAGUGUUGCUUAAGUAACAAAAACAACAGCAACAACAAUAACGAAAUUCAUAAUAAAUUCGAAGCGACAAACAACAGCUCGAAAAGAACGUCGAAAAAUAAAAAGAAGAAAAUAACAAUAUUUUCCCCUCAAAUCAAAAAAAAAAAAUACAAAAACUUACAACAAAAUGUUGCCACACACAAUCCUGCUAGCGCUGCUGCUUUGCUGCCAACAGCUCAGCACCGCCCGAACGACACGCCUGCCGCUGGAGGUGUACGAGCUGACGGCGGCCGCCGCAGCCAGCGCAACGGCGACAGCCACCGCCAGCAGCGCGGCCGAUGACAGCAGCGCCGAUACGCGACACAGAAAUUUGGAAUAUGCCACAGUCAACGCGAAAGUGUUGCAGCAAGCCGCAGCAGCAGCCAGCAAUUUGGCGGUAUCAGCGACAACAACAACAACAGCAACGCAAGCCGCCGCGGCGAUUGCAACGGAUUCACAUCAUGCGGCAGCAGGUGCGCCGUCCGCACACCAACACACGCCACAGCAACAAGAGAAGCAACAGAGCGAUCUGGCCGUGGAUCAGCGACGUUCGCGGCAGAUGUUGGAGAUCAUCGAGCAGCAACAACGCGAGCAUCAGCAGCACAAUUACCACCGUGAAACUCGGUUGCAGCAACAACAACAGCAGCUAAAGCUCUCAAAAACCUCCAGUCCUUUCGCAGUAUACGAAAAGGAGAACAACAGUUACAACCGGCAAAGACACGGCGCUGGUCGCGCGAGCGUACAGGAUGUACGCGUUCUCUACCAAGUCGGGGACUCCGAAGACGAUCUGCCGAUUUGUGCGCCGAACGCCGUUUGCUCCAAGAUCGACUUGUACGAGACGCCGUGGAUUGAGCGCCAGUGCCGCUGCCCCGCAGUAAAUCGACAGCCACACAUCGUGCUGCAUCACCACGCCCACCACAGCGCCGGCGAUGCACAUGCCGCUACAGCUGCCACCGCGCACGACAAAUACCGAAGUUACUAUGAGCGGGAGCGCUUGUUGCAACAUAAACGACUGCUGGUGGGCGAUUACAACGACAAGAAAUUCGAGCAACUGCAUUUGAAGAAGCUAAUGCAGCGUCUGGGCGCGGUCUACGAAGAGGACUUACACCUGCCGCCUAAUGAUUAUGCGGCAGCAUCAGUCGCGUCACAUAGCGAGGACAACGAUGCGCUGCCGAAUUCGCAAGAGGAUGAGUUGCUGAGUGAGCUGAGCGACAAUGAGUUUCCGCAUACGCCUUCGCGUCGCAAUUACUACAACGUUGAGCCGAGCACGGCGCAUAUGCGGCACUCGGGUCACAAUGGUCAUCGCGCAAAGGAGCCGAUCAACUACAUUGGUGGCUGUCCCAGCGGUUUGGGUGUGGAGGAUGGGCACACCAUUGCCGAUAAGACGCGUCACUAUAAGAUGUGUCAACCGGUGCACAAGUUGCCCGUCUGCAAGCAUUUUCGCGAUUAUACGUGGACGCUUACCACUUCGGCGGAGCUGAAUGUGACCGAGCAGAUAGUGCAUUGCCGUUGCCCGAAGAAUUCGGUGACAUAUUUGACGAAAAGAGAACCGGCGUCAGAUGGCGCGAGUGGCUACACAUACCUCUUUGCAUGUUCACCCAUAACACGCAUUCGCUGCCAACGCAAGCAACCCUGCAAACUUUUCACGGUACGAAAGCGUCAGGAGUUCCUCGACGAAGUAAACAUCAACGCGUUGUGUCAGUGCCCGAAAGGACAUCGCUGCCCCAGCCAUCACACACAGUCGGGCGUUAUACCCGGCGAGAGCUUCCUGGAGGACAACAUCCAGACCUACUCGGGCUAUUGCAUGGCCAACGAUUGAUGGUCUUCGGCGGCAGCGAUGGGCAAAAGACGACAACAACGAAAGCGAAAAUCCAAAAAACAUAAAAAGCAAAAGCAACAAACACAGGUGAAGCCGCUGCAGCAGAGCGAAAUGAGAACUGGGCAGCUGACCACAUUCCAAAUACAGUUAUAUGUGGGCUUAACAGUGCAGGCGACAGCAAGGGUACAAAGUAAAACAUUUGAUACAAAUUAAAAGUAAAAUACACACACAUAAGCCUAGUAAGAAGUGCGAGUUGCAAGCAGCCACAAGCGAAAAUUUAGUCAAAAGGAGAAUGUUAAACAAAAAGCAACCAACAAAUAGCUGACUGAGCCAGUUGAGUCUCGUCUUUUUUUAAUGAAUUAACUAUUUAAGUAAAUGCAAAUUAGUGUUAAAAAUUGUUUUGCUUACUUAAAAUAUUUAAAUUAAAUUAUAAUUAAUUUAUAAACAAGAACAAAUAUGAAUAUGUGAAUAUUUAUUUAAUUAAGCUAUUUUAUUGGUAAACUAAGCGCAGCUAUGAGGAGUAAACGACGAGUCGUUAGUAAUUACACGCCUAAAUACAACUGAAAGUAAAUUGCUUGACACAUACAUACAUACAUAAUUAUUGCCUAUGCCUAGUAUAGGGUGCGGAGAAAGUGAAGUUUUGUAAAUUGUAAAUAAUUUAAAGUCCCGUAAAGUUAAACUAUAAAUAAAAUAAAAACAAAAAAUGCUAAAAAAAGUUAUAAAAAUUAAAAAAAAGAAAUAAUUUUUUUCAGUCGCCAAGCGUGCCAAUUAUAGGGUGCAGUCUUAAUUAAUUCGAUUAAGUUAUGAAAAUCAGGUACUCAGUAACUUACUAAGCAAAACAGGAAUCAAUACGAAAAAACACAUAAAGACAAGCUGAAUUGUACCUGAAAGCAGUUUUAAAGGAAAAUAAAGCGAAAAAAU